GGAGGAGAGGAGGAGGAGGAGGGAGAAGAGAUAACAUCAAGAGCUCCGAAUAUGACUACUCUUCUCAAAACAAAUUUUCAGCCCUUGGUACUCCCAGUACCUUUGACAGGGGAGGAAGAGGAGGAGCACAACAGGUGCCAGCUGGUGAGGAAGAUGAUGACAAAAAACUGGAGAUCAUUCAGAUGGACAUGGAUAUUUGGGAGAGUUCAGGGCAGUGGGGCUUUUCGUGUUAUUCUAGCUUCAAGACAUCUUUAUCUGGUUUCACUGAUCUCUCUCCAGAAGAGCUCAGGCUGGAGUAUUACUCUACAAGAGCUUCAGGAGAUCUGCAGAGCUAUGUCAAUGGUAUCAAUCAGUUGCUCAGCCAGUGGAGAAGCAGAGUCCAGGAACUGAAGGUUAUGAAUCCAGCCACCCGUGCAGCUUUGCUUGCAGAGAUAAACAACCCAGCACCUCAGGCAUCUUCAACUGGCUUUGGUUCUGCAACAGCGACUGGAUUUGGAUUGUCUACACCCAGCGUGGAAAGCAAAGGCUUUGGGGCUCCAGCACCGGCCCAGGCCAACACUUUCAGCUUUGCUGCUCAAAGUGGUGGAUUUGGUUCCUCAGCAGUACCAUCCUCAACAGGUUUUGGCAGUGCCUUAGCAGCUCCGACACAACCUCCCUCUGGGUUUGGAUCCUCCACUGCAGCCUCCUCUGCUCUUUCUGCUUCUUCUUUCUCCUUUACUGCUCCGACCACCGACAAGCCAGCCGCCACUUCAGGAUUUGGCUCUGCCUCUGGGUUCUCCACCGGCGGAGGAUUCGGGAGCGGUUUUGGUGCUGAAGCACCUGCUGCAGCAGGAAGCGGCAGUAGUUUUGGACGGGCAAGUGGAGGGUUUGGGACGACCCCUGCUCCAGCUGCAGCAGGAGCCGGGUCUGCCGGUCGGGCAUUGGACAGUCUUUUUUCACAUGAGAGCAAUAUGACUCCAGAGGAACUUAAUCAGUUCAAGGCUAAGAGGUUCACUCUCGGCCAGAUUCCUUUAAAGCCUCCCCCAGCUAACAUGCUAGUGGUGUGAUGCUGUAGGAAAACGAUUCACACGAUUUUUAAAAUAAAGAAAUAAUUUAUAUAAAGUUAAGAUUUUCUUCUGCAUAGUGCUUCUGUUUAAACCAAACUCGUAUAAUUUUUAAGAUAUGGCUAAUGUUUAAAUACUUAAGAUCAAUUCUGACAGGGAAAACUCUCUAUGGUUCCGUUUAAUAUUUUUGUGUAAAUGCAUGGCAUGCUUUAGGUACAGCUGUACAGUACACAGUACAUAUUUUUAGAUGUCUUUUGUCAUAUAAAGUGCUAUUUUCAGAAUUGUUCUGAAUCUAUUUGCCCAUUUUACUUUUUCCCAUUUGUUGAGAUGCUGACAGUAAACUGAUCAGUUGAUGAGCAAAGUUUCUCAAGGUUUAUUAGCAUGAUUGUGUUUGAACAUGAUCUACAGUAUAUUACAAAACAAAUGUGCCUUGAACUUGGUUGGAAACUUUUAUCUGCACAAAACUCCUGCAACAAUUCAAACAUAUUGUCCUCUUACCUAGAAAUGUAUUUCACAGAAUGCUUCAUUGUAGAAUAAAAGAGUAUCCUCAGGUAAAUGUACUGUAAUCUUACUGCAUUUAUAACAGCUGUAAUUGCACAACUCGACCAGGAGAGGGUGACAGAAUACAAGCAAGAAGAAAAUCGAUCAUCCUUGUAACAUAGUAGAGCACAAACGCACUAGGAAAGUGUAAAUAGCUACGUGACUUGGAAGUAACUUGAAAAUAAGGUCAUUUGCUACCCCAGGCUGCUUAUUAUUCUCCCUCUGUUUAUGUUUAACUCACAUUGUAAUGUGACACUAUUGUAACAACUGAAGCCAGGCCCAUCACUCUAGGCCUACAUCCACUAAAAGAGAGUAAAGUGUGGUAGUACAUGGAUGGCAGUGAGUGAGUAAGCUAUUCAAUACGUAUUCAUUAGGUGUUGAACACCCGUUGGGACCACAAGUAGAGGAAGACAGUGACAAAGAGACAACAAUAAGCCAUUCUGCUGCAAUAGGGGCUAUGACUCUGCUGACUGGAGCAUAUUUUCAGCUGACAGGGAGUUUGUGAUAUCGGCAAGAGGUGAAACUGAGCUGGAGCUGCCUCCUGUGUGUGUGUGUGUGUGUGUGUGUGUGUGUGUGUGUGUGUGAAAUCAUCCUCAAUCGAUUUCUCAUGGUUAGGUCAAAGGCAUUGUGCAUAUAAGAAAUACAAUUUUAUGCAUGUAAAAGGCAACACAACUAACCGCCAGCAAAGGUGUGGAACAUAGGCUAGUCAUUUUCUCUCCUACUUCUCAGUCUGUCGGCACUAACCUCUCACCCAACCCCUGCUAGCAGAUAAUACAUAAAUAAUUCAACAGUUAAAUGAACGAUUGAAAAAGAGAUCUCAUGAAAAGGCACUUGCACGCUUGUUUCAGUGAAACCUGUUUAAAUUUGCCAUCCGGUGACUUAAUUAAAUACAUCUAACUGAGAAAUAUGGGCAUUUGUGAAUCCUUGUUUCCCCAACAGCAAAAUAAAGAAGAUUUAAUCAC